UCUAUAUUUAACAUCAAACAUAUAGUGGACAAUGCAUACAAGGCGGCUUUGAAUCAAGUUGACUUUAAGACCAAGGCAGAGGAAAUCCGAUGUGAAGUGAAUUCAUGGGCCAAGGAGGAGACUAAAGGCCUCAUCAAAGAGGUUCUUCCCCCUAUGUCAGUUGACAGCACAACAAGGCUUAUCCUUGCUAAUGCAUUAUACUUUAAAGGAGAUUGGACUGAGAAGUUCGACGCAUCACUUACAAAAACAGAUGAUUUCCACCUUAUCGAUGGGAGGAGGUCAGUAAAGGCACCCUUCAUGACCAGCUGGAAUAAACAAUUCAUAAGUGCCUUUGACGGUUUCAAAGUCUUAAAGCUUCCUUACGAACAAGAUGGAGAUCACAUUCGGCGUUUCUCCAUGUAUGUGUAUCUUCCAAAUGCAAUAGAUGGCCUGCCAGCUUUAGUUGAGAGAGUUUGUUCAGAGUCUGGAUUUGUGGAUCGCUAUCUUCCCCACUUUGCAGUUAAAGUUGGUAGAUUUUUAAUCCCGAAGUUUAAGUUCUCUGCUGGCUUUGAGGUUAAAGAAGUUCUGCGAACUUUAGGACUAGACUUGCCAUUUCGUCCUGGAAGUUUGUCACAGAUGGUGGACUCAUCUUUGGGGCUUUUUAUUUCUCGCAUACUCCAUAAAUCCUUCAUUGAAGUUAAUGAAGAUGGCACAGAAGCUGCGGCUGUUACUGUUGCUUUUGCUUUUUAUGACUGUUGCUCAAUCAUAGAUCCUCCUCCUCCGAUAGACUUUGUGGCAGAUCACCCAUUCCUUUUCCUGAUCAGAGAAGAAAUGUCUGGAGCAGUGCUGUUCAUCGGUCAUGUCCUCAAUCCCAUUGCAGAUCAAUGAUUUGUUAUACAUUUCCUAGUUCUAGGCUAUAUAUCUGAUCCUACAUAUAAAAAUGAUCUGUUUUGCUUUUAUCGCCAACAUAAUAGUUUGAGCAUGUAUCAGAUUUUUCUUCUUCUUUGACAAA